ACCGCGGGCCUUUAUAAAGAGGGGCGCCACUGGGACACUAAAGUAGUUACUACAUCGACUCUUAACUGUCGAGCAAGGUAACGAACUUCACCGGCGAGUGAAACCCACAAAACUCUCUUCUUCCUCCGAGCCGAUUUCUUUUCAUACGUAUCAAAAUGCGUGAGUGUAUCUCCAUCCACGUUGGCCAGGCUGGUGUCCAGAUUGGAAAUGCCUGCUGGGAGCUGUACUGCCUUGAGCACGGUAUUCAGCCUGAUGGACAGAUGCCUAGUGACAAAACCAUCGGUGGAGGUGACGAUUCCUUCAACACCUUCUUCAGUGAGACAGGAGCUGGCAAGCACGUCCCCAGGGCAGUGUUUGUGGAUCUGGAGCCCACUGUGAUCGAUGAGGUUCGCACUGGCACUUACCGCCAGCUCUUCCACCCUGAGCAGCUGAUCACUGGAAAGGAGGAUGCAGCCAACAACUACGCUCGUGGACAUUACACCAUCGGCAAGGAGAUCAUCGACCUGGUGCUUGACAGAAUUCGCAAACUGGCUGACCAGUGCACUGGUCUCCAGGGCUUCCUGGUCUUCCACAGCUUUGGAGGUGGAACUGGAUCUGGUUUCACCUCCUUGCUGAUGGAGCGUCUUUCUGUUGACUAUGGCAAGAAGUCUAAGCUGGAGUUCUCCAUCUACCCAGCUCCACAGGUGUCCACCGCUGUGGUGGAGCCCUACAACUCCAUCCUGACCACUCACACCACUCUCGAGCACUCUGACUGUGCUUUCAUGGUCGAUAACGAGGCCAUCUAUGACAUCUGCCGUAGAAACCUUGAUAUCGAACGUCCUACCUACACCAACCUUAACCGGCUGAUCAGCCAGAUUGUGUCCUCAAUCACUGCCUCCCUCCGAUUUGAUGGUGCCCUGAAUGUUGAUCUGACUGAGUUCCAGACCAACUUGGUGCCCUACCCUCGCAUCCACUUCCCUCUGGCCACCUACGCCCCAGUGAUCUCAGCUGAGAAAGCUUACCACGAGCAGCUUUCAGUGGCUGAGAUCACUAAUGCUUGCUUUGAGCCAGCCAAUCAGAUGGUCAAAUGCGACCCACGUCAUGGCAAGUACAUGGCCUGCUGCUUGCUGUACCGUGGUGACGUUGUACCUAAAGAUGUCAACGCUGCCAUUGCCACCAUCAAGACCAAGCGUACCAUCCAGUUUGUGGACUGGUGCCCAACUGGUUUUAAAGUUGGUAUCAACUACCAGCCACCCACUGUGGUGCCUGGUGGAGACCUCGCCAAGGUCCAGAGAGCUGUGUGCAUGCUUAGCAACACCACAGCUAUUGCAGAGGCCUGGGCCAGGCUCGACCACAAGUUCGACCUGAUGUAUGCUAAGCGUGCCUUUGUGCACUGGUAUGUAGGAGAGGGUAUGGAGGAGGGCGAGUUCUCUGAGGCCAGAGAGGACAUGGCUGCCCUGGAGAAGGAUUAUGAGGAAGUUGGUGUUGAUUCCAUUGAAGGAGAAGGAGAGGAGGAGGGAGAGGAGUAUUAAGAGUGUUUCUCCCUAUUAAAUUGCCAGUAUGCUUGUCACGUCAAAGAUUUAGCAUUCUCACUAGCAUAGAGAUCGUUCUUACAUUGCGAGCACCAUCUUGCUUUCUAUGUGUACGUGUGCUUUGUCUGUUGAAGUCUGGCAGUGUCUCGAGAACACAUGGUGCCAUACUUAAUGGUACACUCCUGCACUCUUAUGAACCACACAUUCCAUCGUCUUCUGACUGUGACGCGCAAUAAAUUAUUGAGUCAAAAUUCA